UAAUGGGUUCUUAAGAGAGUAAAUAAGAAGGAUAAAUAUAGGACUCAAGAUAUGGGAAAGCUACAUUGAUUAGAAAAUAUGAUUAGAUUUGUGCAAUGAGGAAAGUAAUAAUUUAGGAUGAAAGUCAACAUGAUGGAUUUACUAAGAGAUCAAAGAUUGAGCAUUCAAAUUUAGUGAAAAUAUUAGAGAGUGGAAUAUAGAAGGAAUAAGAAUUAUGCACUUCUUAUCAUAUUAUGUAUAUUAUAAGCGAAUAUUACUCCACUUCAUUUCAUAAAGAAAUUGUAAAUAGAAAAGGUAGAGGAGCAUUUUGGACAGAAUAAGAAUUAUGGAAUUAAUUGUUUGGACUUGUUGAUGUAUUUUAUAAUUUAAAUAAUGAAGUUAUUGAUGACAAUGCAAGAAACUCAUUUGGUUCAUUAGAAUAUUAGACCUUUGACUAUUAGUUAUGUGAAUGAAAAUACUUUAAAACUUUGUGACAAUUAUUUUUAAUAGAGUGCAUUUCAAAUGGCUUAAUAGAAUCCAGAAAAUUAGAAAUUAUUUGAAUUAUCACCAAAAUUAUUGGAAGCAAUCAAUUAGAAUAAUUAAUUCCCAAGACAUAAUCUAUAUAAAAGUGAUGUAUGGAGUGUGGGAAUGUGUAUUUUAUAAGCCAGUUUAUUAGAUCACUGUAGAGAUUGUUAUGAGUAAGUUAAAGAUUAAUUUAAUUAGUUUUGAAAGAGGACAUGUUAAUGUAUCAAGAAAAUUAGCACUAUUGAAGAAGAAUUAUUCAAUUAAAUAUGAAUAGGUAAUAGUAUCUAUGUUAUAAAUGGAUGAAGUAUCUAGACCAGAUUUUAAAUAAUUAAUGAAUAUAAUGAAAGGUAUUCCAGAUUCAGGAAUAUCUAAAUCUUUAGAACACUCUGUUAUGAUUAAUAGUUCUGUUAUUUGUUUAGAUUCUAAAUCUCCAAUGAAUUUAAAGGAAGACAUUUAACCAGAACCAUUAAAUCAUUUGAAAGAACAAAUUGAAAGCAAACCUAGUAAAAUUAUGGUUGAACUAGAGUAAUUAAGAUUCAAACCAAAAGUUAUAAUAAAGAAGAUUAAAAAGAAAGAAUUAGGAUUUUAUCAAUAUUAAGAAUAAAUGAUUAUAAAAGAUCCAAGUUAAUCAGCUAUUUAAUAAUAAUAAAAAUUAAAUAGUUAUGCUUCAGUUGAUAGUUCAUUUAAUAAAUAAUUGGUUAAUUCUUCACUUUAAUUUACUAAUCCUACUUCAUAAAAUAAAUAAUUUACUGAUAAAGAGAAAAUAGAAUAAUUAAUUGGUAGUGGAUUGUAAUCAUAUUCUGUUGGUCCAUUUAUAAUACCAACUCAAUCUAUUAAACCUUAGACAUAGUUAAAAGAAUCAUAAAAGCCAAUUAACCAAUAAUAAUUAAAUCCUCAUGUAAUUACUAUUGAUACAAAUUCAUCAUAUAAUAGUAUUCCAUUGAGUUAUACAGAAAUACCAAUUAAUUAUGUUGUUAAAAAAGACAUAAAUUAUAGAUAAGAAAUGGAAUAAAUGAUUGAGAUGAAUAAAUCAAGAUGUUUCAAAACUGAAUAAUAUUAAGAUGGAUCAUCAUAUGUUGGUGAAACAUAUAAUUAAUUAAAAGAUGGAUUUGGAAGAUAUCAAUUUGCAGAAGGUGGUUAUUAUGAAGGAUAAUGGAAAUAGAAUAAAAUGCAUGGUUAUGGAACUCUAUUUUAUGGAGUUAAUUAAAAAGCCUUUGAAGGAUAAUUUGAAAAUGAUAAAUUCUCUGGAUUUGGAACAUUGUAUAAUAAAGAUCCAACUAAAUUGAAUGCUACUUUUGAUUGCUCAAAUUUUGAUCUCAUUGAAAAGUAAGAAAUCAAUAUAUAAUUAGUUAUUGGGUUAAGUAUGUUGGUAAUUUUAAGAAUGAUCUUAAAGAUGGUUAAGGAGCCUUAUAUUUAUCAAAUGAUGAAUGUUAUAAAGGAGAAUUUUAUUAGGAUUAUGUUGAUGGUAAUGGUACUUUUGGAUCAAUUUUUGGAGUUUGGCGUAAAAAUAAAUUGAUUAAAUGA